CUCCAUGAACUGGGAUAAUAAAACUCCUGACAUCACCAUUCCAGAAACUUCACGGGUGCUGGGUAUAUAAGAGCCCCGCUGGAGCCUGGGCUGAAGGAGCUGCCCAGCCAGCCAUACCCCACAAACUCCUCUAGCCACCAUGGACAUCGCAAUCCACCACCCUUGGAUCCGACGCCCCUUAUUUCCUUUCCACUCACCCAGCCGACUCUUUGACCAGUUCUUUGGAGAGCAUCUGCUGGAGUCCGACCUCUUCCCUACCUCUACUGCCCUGAGUCCUUUCUACUUUCGACCCUCUUUCCUGCGGACACCUAGCUGGCUUGAGACUGGGCUCUCAGAGAUGAGACUAGAGAAGGACAAGUUUUCAGUAAACCUGGAUGUGAAGCAUUUCUCUCCAGAGGAGCUCAAGGUCAAAGUGCUGGGUGAUGUGAUCGAAGUUCAUGGAAAGCAUGAAGAACGCCAGGAUGAGCAUGGCUUCAUCUCCCGGGAAUUCCAUAGGAAGUACCGGAUCCCAGCUGAUGUGGACCCACUCUCCAUCACCUCAUCUCUGUCAUCUGAUGGGGUCCUUACUGUGAAUGGACCAAGGAAACAGGCUGCUGGCCCUGAGCGCACCAUUCCUAUCACUCGUGAGGAGAAGCCUGCUGUUACUGCAGCCCCACGGAAGUAGAGGCCCCAAUCCCCUAAAAUGUUUCUAUUGCACAAAAGCUCUUUUACCAGUAGGGGUACAAUUCCUUAUGACUGGUGCCAAUGCUUAUUUAUUUAUGCUGAGGGCAGAGCCCAAAUUACUAGGCCAAUAAAAUGAUUCAGCAACAA